AUUAAAAUGCGAGUAUCUGUCAUUCAGGAUUUCAGGGAGGAUGAAAAUGAGGAUGAGGAAGAAGAAACGGUCUUCCUCAAGCCUGUUAUUGAGGACCGAAAUAUGGAAUUGGCCCGAAAAUGCAGUGAAAUAAUAAGUGACAUACACUAUAAAGAAGAGUUUGAAAAAUCUAAGGGCAAAUGCAUAUUUGUACCUGACACCCCACAGUUAAAACAUGUGAAAAGUCUCGGUGCUUUUAUUUCUGAGGUGAAGUACAAAGGAGCUGCUAAGAAAGACCUUUCCAACUCUCUUUAUCAGCAGAUGCCAGCCACAAUUGACAGUGUGUUUGCAAAAGAAUUAACUCAGCUUCAGAGCAAGGUACUGUAUAAACAAAAAUAUGAUGCUGAGAAAGGAACUUCAGAUUAUGCACAUAUGAAGGAGCCUCCGGAUAUUAAGCAUGCCAUGGAAGUCAAUAAACACCAGAGUGAUGUGUCAUAUAGGAAGGAUAUGCAAGAUACUCAUAGAUACACUGAAGUGCUGAACAGGCCAGACAUAAAGAUAGCCACCGAGAUAACAAAGAUAAUAAGUGAUGCUGAGUACAAGAAGGGAAGGGGGGAGAUGAAUAAGGAGCAUGCUGUACUUGGAAGACCAGAUUUUGAACAUGCUAAAGGAGUUUCCAAACUUCUAAGCCAAGUGAAAUACAAAGAGCAGUUCAAUAAAGAAAUGAAGAGUCACCAGUACAAUCCUCUUGACAGUGCUUCCUUCAAGCAAGCACAGAUUGCAUCCACCUUGGCAAGUGAUGUGAAUUACAAGAAAGAUUUGGAAAGCCUGCAUGAUCCAGCCUCUGAUCUACCAAACCUGCUGUAUUUAAACCAUGCUUUAAAUAUCAGCAAAAUGCAUAGUGAUGUCAAGUACAAAGAGAAUUAUGAGAAAUCUAAAGGCAGAUCAAUGCUGGAGUUUGUGGAUACACCCAUGUAUCAAGUUUCAAAGGAGGCUCAAAAGAUGCAAAGUGAGAAAAUGUAUCGCAGAGAGUUUGAAGAAAGUCUCAAGGGAAAGCCCUCAAUGGAUUUAGACAAGACCCCAGAGUUCUUGCAUAUAAAACAAGUCACUAACCUUCUGAAGGAGAAAGAGUAUAGAAAAGAUUUGGAAGAAUGGAUGAAAGGAAAAGGAAUGACAGUGUUUGAAGAUACGCCGGAUUUGAUUAGAGUGAAAAACGCAGCUCAGAUACUAAAUGAGAAACAAUAUAAGAAGGACCUGGAAACUGAAAUUAAAGGGAAAGGCAUGCAAGUUGGUCCAGAUACUCCUGAGAUAAGACGAGCCAAGAAAGCUUCUGAAAUUGCAAGCACUAAAGAAUAUAAGAAAGACUUGGAGAAUGAAAUUAAAGGGAAGGGAAUGGAAGUGGGCAUGGAUACCCCUGAUAUACAACGAGCAAAGAAAGCUUCUGAAAUUGUAAGCCAGAAAGAAUAUAAAAAGGAUCUUGAGACUGAAAUUAUAGGAAAAGGAAUGCAAGUUGGUCCAUAUACUCCUGAAAUACAACGGGUCAAAAGGGCUUCAGAAAUAGCAAGCCAGAAAAUGUACAAAGAUGAAGCAGAGAAGAUGCUCUGUAACUAUUCUGCUGUCCCAGACACUCCAGAAAUGGAGAGGAUAAAGAGUACUCAGAAAAACAUCAGUGCAGUGUUUUAUAAGAAGGAAGUAGGAGCUGGCACAGCUGUAAAAGAGACUCCAGAGAUUGAAAGAGUAAAGAAAAAUCAACAGAAUAUUAGUUCGAUUAAAUACAAAGAAGAAAUUCAGCAUGCAACAGCUAUUUCUGAUCCACCUGAACUAAGAAGAGUCAAGGAAAACCAGAAGAAUAUAAGCAAUGUUCAGUACAAAGAACAGCUCUGCAAGGCUACACCUGUGAGUGUCACCCCGGAGAUUGAAAGAGUCAAGAGGAAUCAAGAGAAUGUCAGCAUGGUUCACUACAGAGAGCAGCCUGGCAAAGCUACUGCUGUGAGUGUCACUCCUGAGAUAGAGAGAGUCAAGAAGAAUCAAGACAAUAUCAGCUCGGUGAAGUACAGCAGUGAUCAGAGGCAGAUGAAAGGUAGACGUAGUGUGAUUCUAGACACACCUGAGCUAAGGCAUGUCAAAGAAACACAAAACAACAUCUCAAUGGUGAAAUACCAUGAAGAUUUUGAGAAGACAAAAGGCAGAGGCUUCACCCCAGUGGUAGAUGAUCCUGUAACAGAGCGGGUGCGGAAAAACACCCAAGUUGUGAGUGAUGCAGCAUAUAAAGGUGUGCACCCACAUAUAGUUGAAAUGGAUAGAAGACCUGGAAUAAUUGUUGAUCUUAAAGUUUGGCGCACAGAUCCUGGCUCCAUCUUCGACAUUGAUCCUCUGGAGGACAAUAUUCAGUCUAGGAGUCUGCAUAUGCUUUCUGAAAGAGCAAGCCGUUACAGUAAGCAGUACUUGCAUUCUACAAGUUUGGGAGAUUAUAAAUCAGAUGGUUCUGACACGAACCCUACCUUUUCAUACUGCAGUGAGAUAACAAGGCCAUCUGACGAAGGAGCCCCUGUUCUCCCUGGGGCCUAUCAGCAAAGUCAGUCCCAAGGAUAUGGAUACAUGCACCAGACCAGUAUGUCGUCCAUGAGGUCAAUGCAUUCACAGCCUCAUUCAGCAGGCCUGAGAACAUACAGAGCUAUGUAUGACUACAGUGCUCAAGAUGAAGACGAAGUUUCCUUCAGGGAUGGUGACUAUAUCAUCAACGUGCAACCAAUUGAUGAUGGCUGGAUGUAUGGUACUGUUCAGAGAACUGGGAAAACAGGAAUGCUUCCAGCAAAUUAUAUUGAGUUUGUUAACUAACUUUUGUCUCUAGUUCUUUGAGGUUUAUUAUGAUUUACUCAAAAUCUAACCUUUUAGAAAAAGUCAGAAGAAUCUUUUAAGACCACAUGUUCAUUACUUUAUCAGUGCUAUAACAGUCUGCAUUCUCAUUCAGAAUCCAAUUUAGAGUCUUUUAAAGUAAAGACAAAUAAACAAGAAGCUCAGAGCUUUGAAAACAGCAUUGCUUAUAAUAGUGCUCCCUCAAACAAAAAAAAAAAAAAAAGAAACACAAAACUUAUAUCGAAGCCUGGUGCUGCUAAUCCUAUAAAGAUUUUGGUCAAUUAGCUGUAAAGGGGAAAUACCUUCUCCCUACAUCUCAGAGGUUAUUUCUCUUUAUAGUAACCGUGAAAUUAAUUCACUUCUUAUGGCACUCUGAAGUCAAAGGAGGUUAACACACUGAGUUUGGACACAUCUUCAAAUUAUUAGGGAGAUGUUUAAUGUUGAGAAGUUAGUGCCCUAAUAAAAAUAAAAAUGUUGGGUAGAGAAUUCAAUCAUUUUAAGUAAUGACAAGUAAUAUAUUUGUCAAACAAACAAACAAACAAAAAAAACCUUCUGCCCAACAGCCUUAUAAUAAAAAGGUCUAUUUUGACAGCAAAAACUUCCCAACUCUUCCUUACCCACAUUUUUUCCUGGAUUAUCCAUUUUCCUUUAAUCACAAUUGUGACCUCUUCUAUCAGCUUUGCUUGCAUCCCAGUCCAUCAGUUAGGUCCAUGCCUGGAUUCAUGGUUCUUCAGUAUCUUUUCCACAGAAAAUUCCUUGCAAAGACUAUCUAGAGUAUAAAACCUGUCAGCUCUUCUGUUUCCUUCUAAUAAUACUUAGCAUUUAAGUAGAAACUUCCACUAGGACAAUGUAUGACCAAUUCUUCAUGUUCCUUUACUUUCCCCUGUACUGCUGUAAAUAGCCUGUGUGAGGCCCCAGUGCUGUGCAGUCACACAAAGCGUGCAGUCACAACCCUCUGUCUUCUCACAAGUAACUCGCUUAAUGGCUGCUUUACUGAUGAGCUAAUGCACCUACCCCUGCUGCAGAAAUAUUUGCACCUCCGUCGAAGGGUGGAGAAGAGCUCUGGUUAUUGUAGUGCAUUUCAGCUCAAUGGCCUAUUGCUUCUGUUUCCUCAAAAAAUGUUGGUGAUCCAACAGUGAGUUGUAUGCUUACAAAAUGAUUAAUGAAGGAGAAAUAUAUAUUUUUUUUCUACAGAUUUAUUCUUUUUCAUAACUGACAGAGUAAAACUAACCAAACAAAAGUCCAACGUACUCUAUUCUAUCACGCUUCAGGUUAGCCGUGUGUAGAAAACAGUAACAAUAUUUUGCUGACAAACCUUCACAUGUGCUCUUUGGUGCGCAUGAACUUAUGAUCAGAAGUGCAGGAUCCAGGUCUCUGUCAGUGAGGCUGAGAGGAGGGGAUCAAAUAAUUGGUGACCUAAUGGACCUGUGAGGGACUAGGUCAGCAGGCCUGGGGCACAAGGGAGUUCCUCUUGCUUUAAUGGGAUGCCAGGAGGGUGCCAUGUUCCCUCCCAGGGUGAAACUCUGGGAGGAAGGAAAAGAGAGUUAAAGAUCUAUGUGGGAACUUACUCAUGAGGAUGCAUAUAAGCAUAAGGAAGAAAGUGUGUUUGCUGAUAGUAUAACUUGUGGUGUUCGGCUAUGUGAUAGAGAAUUUAAUUUUGGAGUAGCUGUCAGAAUAUCGAGUCUACACUGGCAUUCUUUUAUGUGUGAAAUUUUAAAAGUAGAACUAAAUGUAGAGUUUAUGGAUAAUUUUAUAUUUUUUUUAUUUCACAAAAUAAGCAAGCCUGCAGUAUAGUAUGUCUUUAAACAAUAAAGAAGGCAGCGUGGAUCUAUUACAUCUGAAAUUUGCAGCUGAAAUCUGUCAAUACAAACACUUCCUAGUUCUAUUUUUGAAUACAGUUAGGAAUUGGAGAGCUUAUGCCAUUUUUUUUCCUGUUU